AGCGACCGUCAGGUCCACCACACCCACCUUUCUUAUAUUCGUCAGCAGCGAGGGCCGAAUCAUCAUCAUCAUCAUCGACUACUACUACCACUACAACCACCACCACCACCAUUAUCAUGGGAUCGUUGGAGGUGCCCUAUGAGCUGCCGGUGGCUGAUGGAGUGAACUUCGGGUGGUGCCUGACGGUGCGUGGAGCCAUCCUGGACAACCCAACUGGAUUCACGCUGAACCUGCGCACCGCCGACGGGAAUAUUGCGCUGCACUUGAACCCGCGCUUCCAGGACGGUGACGCUGGCCGCGUCGUCGUCCUCAACUCGCUGCUCGGCGACAGCUGGGGCUCCGAGGAGCGGCCCGGAGAGUUCCCGUUCGCUGCGGGGGAGCCGUUCGAGGUGAGGCUGCGGUGCUGCGAGGAUGUGUUCCGCGUGGAGGUGAACGACGUGAUCCCGCUGUGCGACUUCCGCCACCGCGCCGAGGCCUCCAGCAUCACCAGCGUCCACAUCUCCGGCGACGUCUCCCUCUCCGCCGUCGAGACUUCCUAGGGCCCCCAGGGUGGGGAGGCGGCAGCGCUCGCGUGACGCUCCUGCGUCCACGCACGCGCCGUGCAGUGCUCUCAUCGCUGUCAUUUUCUGCUACGUUUUGGGCCCGAUCUUUAGUGGGUUUGUAGAAAGGCGGUUGAGUUGGUGGGCCCCCUUUUUUUAAAGCCCUUUUUUGGUGAUCUCCACCAAAAGUUUAGCAAGAUUUAGUUUCCACUGCAAUAUGAAGCAGCAUCCGAUUUGUUUUGCUUUCUGCUUGUAUCGGGUAACUUCGUUGAGCUGGAACAAAGCAAAUUUUUCGAUGUAAUCUCUAUGCUUGCUUCACCUGCCUCGUUGUCACCGCUGGCAUUGCCAGCAUCGCAGGAGGGGGUGAGCACGUGGGGUCGUUCGCAAUGCCCUUCUGAAGUAACGCGAGUAGAUGAACGUUCCACCCCCCGCUAGUGACACUACAGUACCAACACAUUGAUAAUUGCGGAGGAAGGUUGAAGGACUCGAGAUGUUUGCCGCUGACGAGUGAAUACAUUUUUUUGCCGUUGCUUGGCAAAGGAAAUAAAUUCACAAACUGCUCCGAAUGUG